UCAGAUGUCGUACUUUGACCGGGAUGAUGUUGCCCUGCACCAUUUCUCCCAGUUCUUCAAAGCUCAGUCCCAGGAGAAGCAGGAACAUGCAGAGAAGCUGCUGAAAUUCCAGAAUCAGCGUGGAGGCAGAGUCCUCCUCCAGGAUGUGAAGAAGCCAGAGAGGGAUGAGUGGGGUAACGGUCUGCAGGCAAUGCAGGUUGCCCUGGAUCUGGAGAAGAAUGUGAACCAGAGUUUGCUGGAUCUACACCAACUUGCCACUGCCCAGACUGACCCUCAUCUGUGUAACUUCCUGGAGACUCACUAUUUGGAUGAGGAGGUUGAGAUCAUCAAGCGACUUGGGGACUACAUCACCAACCUGAAGCGUCUGGGAGCUCCUGAGAAUGGGCUGGGAGAGUACCUGUUUGACAGGCUCUCGCUGGAGGACAGCAGUUAGUGGGGCAUGGGGUACUGUUUGUGUCUGUCUUCCUUUGGAUAAUGUCAAAAGUACUUUUUCAAAAGUGGCUGUGUUGAAUAACUUGAACAUAAUUAAAGAGAACUUUGCCUGUG